GUCCAUUCGCCGAAAUGAAUUGGAGAUCCCAUCACCAGUUCUGAUACCGAACCAAAUCUCGCGAGAACGGGCGAGGGGAUAAGUUAAGGAAACACGGCGAUGUCUAAUUUGUUAAAGAACAAGGGUUCCCUCCAGUUUGAGGACAAGUGGGAUCUUAUGCGCCCCAUUGUCCUUAAAUUGCUCCGCCAAGAGUCUGUAACGAAGCAGCAGUGGUUUGAUCUUUUCUCAGAUGUUCAUGCAGUUUGUCUAUGGGAUGACAAAGGACCGGCAAAGAUCCACCAGGCCCUCAAAGAGGACAUCUUAGAUUUUAUUAAACAAGCUCAAGCGCGAGUGCUCAGUCACCAAGAUGACACGGCGCUCCUCAAGGCUUACAUCGUGGAGUGGAGGAAGUUCUUCACACAGUGUGACAUUCUGCCCAAACCGUUCUGCCAGCUGGAGAUCACCCUGAUGGGCAAACAGGGCAGCAACAAGAAGUCCAAUGUGGAGGACAGCAUUGUUAGGAAGCUGAUGCUGGAUACUUGGAACGAAUCUAUAUUCUCCAACAUCAAGAAUAGAUUGCAGGAUAGUGCGAUGAAGUUGGUCCAUGCCGAGCGGCUGGGAGAAGCUUUCGACUCGCAGCUGGUCAUCGGGGUCAGAGAAUCAUAUGUGAACCUGUGCUCCAAUCCUGAUGAUAAGCUGCAGAUCUACAGGGAUAACUUUGAGAAAGCCUACCUAGACUCCACUGAGAGGUUCUACAGGACCCAGGCGCCGUCCUACCUGCAGCAGAACGGAGUACAGAACUACAUGAAAUAUGCAGACACUAAAUUAAGAGAAGAGGAGAAACGUGCACUACGAUAUUUAGAGACAAGACGUGAAUGUAACUCUGUACAAGCACUUAUGGAAUGUUGUGUGAAUGCACUGGUGACAUCAUUUAAAGAAACCAUUUUGGCUGAAUGUCCAGGCAUGAUCAAACGAAAUGAGACUGACAAGCUGCAUCUCAUGUUCUCUCUCAUGGAUAAAGUGCCCAAUGGGAUUGAACCCAUGUUGAAAGACUUGGAGGAGCACAUCAUCAGUGCUGGACUGGCAGACAUGGUGGCCGCUGCCGAGACCAUCACAACUGACUCUGAGAAGUAUGUGGAGCAGCUCCUGACUCUGUUCAAUCGAUUUAGUAAAUUAGUGAAGGAAGCGUUCCACGAUGAUCCUCGGUUCCUUACAGCCAGAGACAAAGCGUACAAAGCAGUUGUGAAUGAUGCCACAAUAUUUAAGUUGGAGCUACCAUUGAAACAGAAGGGAGUGGGCCUAAAAACACAACCAGAAUCGAAGUGUCCGGAGCUGCUGGCUAACUAUUGUGACAUGCUGCUAAGAAAGACACCACUCAGCAAAAAGCUGACCUCAGAAGAGAUCGAGCUCAAACUGAAGGAAGUGCUACUCGUGUUAAAAUACGUCCAGAAUAAGGAUGUGUUCAUGAGGUACCACAAAGCCCACCUGACCAGACGUCUGAUCCUGGACAUCUCAGCGGACAGUGAGAUUGAGGAGAACAUGGUUGAGUGGCUCAGGGAAGUUGGGAUGCCUGCUGACUAUGUGAACAAGCUAGCUAGAAUGUUCCAGGACAUCAAAGUGUCCGAAGAUCUUAACCAGGUUUUCAAGGAAAUGCACAAACACAACAAGCUGGCUUUACCAGCGGACUCUGUCAACAUAAAGAUCUUAAAUGCUGGAGCGUGGUCACGCAGCUCAGAGAAAGUGUUUGUGUCUCUGCCCACCGAGCUGGAAGACCUCAUUCCUGAGGUAGAAGACUUCUACAAGAAGAACCACAGCGGCCGCAAGCUCCACUGGCACCACCUCAUGUCCAAUGGCAUUAUCACUUUCAAGAAUGAAGUAGGGCAGUACGACCUGGAGGUCACGACCUUUCAGCUGGCUGUACUUUUUGCCUGGAACCAAAGACCACGAGAGAAGAUCAGUUUUGAGAACCUGAAACUUGCCACUGAGCUGCCUGAUGCUGAACUGAGACGAACUCUUUGGUCUCUCGUUGCCUUCCCAAAGCUCAAACGCCAAGUGCUGUUAUAUGAACCUCAAGUGAGCUCUCCCAAAGACUUCACAGACAGUACAUUGUUUUUCGUUAACCAGGAAUUCUCCUUGAUAAAAAACACCAAGGUUCAAAAGAGGGGGAAAAUAAACCUAAUUGGCCGAUUACAGCUGACAACUGAGCGAAUGAAAGAAGAGGAGAACGAAGGCAUCGUCCAGCUUAGAAUAUUAAGAACACAGGAGGCCAUCAUUCAGAUCAUGAAGAUGCGCAAGAAGAUCACAAACGCUCAGCUGCAGACCGAGCUGGUGGAGAUCCUGAAGAACAUGUUCCUCCCUCAGAAGAAAAUGAUCAAGGAACAGAUCGAGUGGCUCAUUGAACACAAGUACAUCAAGAGAGACGAAACGGACAUUAACACAUUCAUCUACAUGGCGUAACACAGAAAUGACUUCAGAGAUGAUCCCUGACCGUUCUGGAGGACGGCAUACCUGUCGACGAUCAGCAGCGGGGGAGGGGUGGUAAUGAAGAUACUGCUUCGGCUGCUGUUCUGGUGGUGUAGUCAUGAGCUUGUUUUAACGACAGACAGUCACACACCAGAUAAAAAAAAAAAUUAUUAAAAAAAAAAGUUUAAUUUAAUCCCUGCCUUACAAUGAAGACAAGUGGGAUAGGAGACUUAAAAAAAAUGGGAAUAAUGACAAAAGGAUUCUAUUUUUGCCAUUGGUAGUCAGUAUGCAUGGUGGGCCGAUUGCCUUUUUGUAUGUGUACAUCUCCAGCAGCAUGCGGUCAGUGGGAAUGUCACAUUCAUCCCAGGACUUAUUUGUGUGUGCUGUGCUACGAGUGUCUCCCCCCCCCGAAACAUCCUCUGUCUGGACCUCACCCUGUCCCAUCUUCACUGCGCAACCCGAAGUGAGAGCCGUCCCA